GAAUGAUCAGUGUGGAACUCAGGAGAGUGCGCGCGCCCGUUAGAGUCCAUGACUCCCAAUAUGAAUGAGCGCGAGCAGCGACAACGGGGGCAGCGCACUCAUCAGAGAGAGCAGCGAGGACACGCACUCAUCAGAGAGGCUUGAGUGCAGGUACUCAAGUGAAUCAGCACAGCGAGGAGAAAAGUCAUCACUGCACGGGACAGAGGCCUCUGAGUGCUGCUGGACUAAUGGGUGGGGGCACUCAUCAGACUGCGGAGACUUCGGUAGAAGGGCGCGGAGCAGGCGGGGUCUACACCUGGGAGGAGGUGCAGAAGCACAAGCAGCGGGGUGACCAGUGGGUGGUGAUCGAACGGAAGGUGUACAAUGUCAGCAGCUGGAUUAAAAGACAUCCAGGAGGCCGCAGAGUUAUCGGUCAUUACGCUGGAGAGGAUGCUUCGGACGCAUUUAUGGCCUUUCAUCCCGAUCAGAAGUUCGUACGCAAGUUUCUGAAGCCACUGUUGGUUGGAGAGUUGGCUCCUUCUGAACCCAGUCAGGACCACAAGAAAAAUGCUGCCCUAGUGAAGGAUUUCCGGGUCUUGCGGGACCAGUUUGAAGCAGAGGGUUUGUUCCGCACUAAUCCCCUGUUCUUCUGCCUACACAUCGGGCACAUUCUACUCAUGGAGGCAUUGUCUUUGGCACUGCUGUGGUACUGGGGCAAUGGCUGGCUUAACACAAUUCUAUGUAUUUUCAUACUGGCCACUGCACAGUCUCAGGCUGGCUGGCUGCAGCAUGACUUUGGCCACCUGUCAGUCUUCAAAAGGUCCGGCUGGGAUCAUCUAUUGCACAAAUUCGUGAUCGGACACCUGAAGGGGGCCUCUGCACACUGGUGGAACCAUCGUCACUUUCAGCACCAUGCUAAGCCCAAUGUAUUCCAAAAGGACCCUGACAUCAACAUGCUGAAAAUCCUUGUACUGGGGAAUGUACAGCCUGUGGAGUAUGGGAUUAAAAAGUUGAAACACCUGCCGUACAACCAUCAGCACCAGUACUUCUUCCUGAUUGGUCCUCCUCUGCUUAUCCCAGUGUACUUUAACAUUCACAUUUUGCAGACAAUGAUUCAGCAACGGGAUUGGGUGGACUUUGCGUGGUAUCUGUCCUACUAUAUACGCUACUUGUCAUGUUAUGUCCCCUUUUAUGGAGUCUUCGGAUCAUUUGCGCUUCUCAUGUGUGUGAGAUUCAUAGAGAGUCACUGGUUUGUGUGGGUGACCCAGAUGAACCACCUCUCCAUGGAUAUCGACUAUGACAAACACGAUGACUGGCUCAGCAUGCAGCUGAAAGCCACCUGUAACAUUGAGCAGUCAUUCUUCAAUGACUGGUUUAGCGGCCACCUCAACUUCCAGAUUGAGCACCACCUCUUUCCUCUGAUGCCUCGCCAUAACUACAUCCGUGCGGCUCCUCGGGUGAAAGAGCUGUGCGAGAAGUAUGGAGUUCACUAUGAAGUCAAAGGCCUGUGGGAGGCCUGGUGUGACAUCAUCAGGUCCUUGAGGAAGUCUGGAGAGCUGUGGCUGGACGCAUACCUCCACAAAUAAUCAGACCCAAGGAGACUAAUUUUAUGACUAUUAGGAUUAUCGAUAGCAAAGAAGCCUUAAUUCACUUCAAAUAAUGUCUGUGAUGUGCAUUGACAGAUUGUCUCAGUGUCUCCCUUCUCCUCUGCCAUCUAUGCUGGAACUGAAGUGUAAUUAUGGUGCUUUAGCUGUAACUGCUGUAACUGAAUUGGGACCACAAACCUCAUCUGAACCAGAGAUCGCUAUUAUAAAUAUCUUUUUUAGUGCUGCAGCCAACAUCACACAAACACAACUGCAGUUUCAAUGCUGGAUUUUACAACUGUUUAGAACUGUACUCAGAGAUUUUCAUAAUUUUUCAAUAGUACCUUUCUGACUUUGUCAUAAAAAGCUUUCCUGAAUGACAUUUGAAACGAGACUAUCAGAGUAAAAUUAGGUGAGGUAACACCUUUAAUGGGAGAUUUAGUAUAUUACUGAUCAAUUUUGACUAUGUUGUUACAUAUGAAAGAAUCUUUGUCUUUGCUUUCUUGACCAGUCAUCAAAUAAAGUACUGUGAGACCACUCGUUAUUUGCAGUCAAAA